AUGAACUUUAAUAUAAGCAAUAGACUUAGACCUUAGACUGCUUAUACAAUGUCAUAAAAUGAGGUAUUACAAUGUUAGUAAUUCAAAGUUAAUGUCUGGUAAAUUUACAUAGAAUGAUCAAUAACAAAUCAAUAAAUUGUUAGAGAAAAAUGCUACAUAUUUUAAUCAUGUUAUAGGUUUAAUGUAUUCAAAAAUUAUAGAUCAAUGUGUUUGUGGAUUAUGCAUAUGUGGUGGAUGUAAGUGUGGAUUAGAAAGAUUAAAAGAAUAAUAAGGAAUUCCAUUGAAGUCAUAGUAUCAAUAAGACUUUGUUGAAAAAUAGCCAUCAAGAAUUAAAUCAAUUUCAUAAUUACCAACUUAUAAAGAUGAUUAUACUAUGAAAUUUGAAACAACUCAAAGAGUAAUAAAAAACAGUUAUUUUAGCUUGAUUUCAAAGAUCCAAAAUAGAGACCAUAAACUUCAUAUAAACCAGAACAACCUAGAUUUGUAUAACCAUUUCAUGCAGGCUCUACUUAUUAAUUGACUCAUACUAAAAUGCCUGAAAGUGAAUAAAUAUAUAUAUUAUUAGAUGAGAAGGUGAAUAUUAUUCCUUAAAAUCAUCCAACAGUUAUGAAAGAUCUCUAAUUUAUAGGAUCAAGUGAAUAUAAAAGAAAUUAUAGUGGGACACCAAUUAAUAGAGAAAAAAACCUUAUAUUUGGUGCUCAUAGCAGUUUUGGGUAAUUAGAAUAAUAAGAAAGUUAAGUAAUCCAAUAAAUCCAGGAUUACCAUUUUUUGGAUCCACUACAUCUUCUAGAGCAUUUAGACCAUUUAAAGCAAAAAAAACUAGACCAACAAAAACUAACACUUAAAUUUAAAGUGUGCCAACAUUCGAUGGAUAAUUUUCAACUAUAACUAAAUUGGAUUUCGGUGAUAAAUCCCUUUAGAUUUGUCCAGCAAAAGCAAUUCUUAAUUCUAAAAAACAUUCUAAUCGCUCUGGGUUUUGA